AUGGAUACCAAGCCACACUGCUUCACUGUUCUCAUGCUUCCAUGGUUAGCUCAUGGUCAUAUAUCUCCCUUCUUGGAGGUGGGUAAGAGACUUUCGAAGAGGAACUUCCACGUUUACUUCUGUUCCACCCCAGUAAACCUCUGUUCCAUCAGAGACCAACUCAGCGAGAAGAUCUUCCCUUCAAUUCAGCUGGUAGAGAUCCACCUUCCCACUCUCCCAGGCCUCCCUCCUCACUACCACACCACCAAAGGCCUCCCUCCCCAUCUCAUGCCUACCCUCAAGCAAGCUUUCGACAUGGCCAAACCUUCCUUCUUGAACCUCCUCAGGACUCUGAAACCUGAUUUGUUAAUCUAUGAUUUUAUCCAACCAUGGGCACCCACUUUGGCUUCCUCCCUAGACAUUCCGGCUGUCCAGUUCUUGAUCACUGGUGGUGCUACGUCCGCUUUCUUCUAUCACAUCUGCAAGAACCCUGGCGUCAAAUUCCCGUUUCCUGCAAUCUAUCUUGAAAAGCACGAAGAUCGAAAGAUUACCCAGUUGCUCGAAUCCUCUGCCAACGGGUUGACAGACAAGGUGCGGCUCAUACAGUCCAUCGACCAAUCUUCACGCUUCAUUAUGUUCAAGACGUUUAGAGAGAUUGAAGAAAAAUAUAUCGAUUACUAUUCCGUCAUUACGGGGAAGGAGAUCUUACCUGUAGGACCGCUUGUCCUGGAUACUACUCAGAAUGAAGACAACCAGCAAUGGGAGUCCAUGGAAUGGCUUAACAAGAAGGACCCCUGUUCAGUUGUCUUUGUUUCGUUUGGGAGUGAGUUCUUUCUGUCCAAAGCCGAGCUAGAAGAAAUGGCUUAUGGGCUGGAGCUUAGUGGGGUGAGCUUCAUAUGGGUUGUAAGAUUUCCUGAGGGAGAGAAAAUGAGCCUUGACGAAGCCCUGCCGGAAGGCUUCCUGGGGAAGGUGGGAGAGAAGGGAAUUGUGGUGGAAGGCUGGGCUCCACAGGCACAGAUACUAGACCAUUCCAGCAUUGGUGGGUUUGUGAGCCACAGUGGUUCUGGUUCGGUAAUGGAGGGAAUGAAGUUUGGUGUUCCACUGGUAGCAAUGCCGAUGCACCUUGAUCAGCCAACCAAUUCAAGGGUGGUGGUAGAGCUUGGCGUAGGGGUGGAGGUUAAGAGGGAGAAGGAUGGCAGUUUUCUUAGGGGAGAGGCGGCGAAGGCCAUCAAAGAGGUGGUGGUGGAGAAACAAGGGGAAGAAGUUAGAAGAAAAGCAAGAGAAUUAAGUGAGAAGAUCAGAGAGGAAGAGAUGGAUAUGGUGGCGGAAAAGCUCGGAGAACUUUGCUCAAACUCAAAGAGAUCAGAGGAGGAAGAGAUAAAGGUGGUGGCAGGAAAGCUUGGAGAACUUUGCUCAAACUCAAAGAGAAAGGAGAAAGAGAUGGAGGUGGUGGCAGGAAAGCUUGGAGAACUUUGCUCAAACUCAAAGAGAGAGGAGAAAGAGGUAGAGGUGGUGGCAGCAGGAAAGGUUGGAAAACUUUGCUCAGAGAUGAAGGUGGUGGCAGAAAAGUUUGGAGAACUUCGCUCAAACUCAAAGAGCGAAGCGCUCGUAGCAUAA